UUAAAUUGGCGAGCUUCUUCAUCAAUAAGUGUAUUCUUUUUGCUGCAUACAUUACAUGCUCACGUUAUUUUUAGUAUUAUUACAAGUAAUUUCAAUUCUGAAGGGAAAUUGUGAUUAUAAUUAAAUAGUUUGUGCAUGUUAUAAAUACUUAACUCACCUAUCUACAUACAAGAUUGAAAAUUUGAGGUUGAAAUGGUAUAGUUUAAAGGUGUUAAAAGCUUUAAGGUUUUGUAUAUUAUUUAUCUUUAUGCAUUUUCAUUCAUGUAUAUAUUUGUAAAUACAUGUUAUAUUGAAAUAAAAAAAAUAUAUUUUUGUGUACUUUUGAUUUCGAAUUUAAGAUGGUUUUAAAACCCCAAAUAAGCAUACCUUGGACAUCAUAUAGUCGAGUUUUUAAGCAUUGAAAAAACCUAAGCAGAUAUUAAGUUUAUUGAUUCCAAUUUUUUUAAAAUGGAGCAAAUAAUCAUAUCCAUUACACAAAAGCCAUAAAUUGAAAGUAAAUUAAUUUUCUUAACUUCUUCAAAAAGAGAAAAAUAUGGCCUUGAAAGGUGCUGCUCUGCAAAAUUACAACACGGAGCUUAUCCAUCGCAUUGAAGAGUUACGUGAAAAGAGGGAUGAAAUCAAAAAGAUUUUGCAAGUUGAGGAGGAAGAGAAAAACAACAUUCAAAAGGAUUUGGUAAUACUUACCAAAAGACUUGCGGAAAUUGACGAUUCUUUAUUGCGGAAAUAUGCCUACACCAAUGAAUAUGAUAAAACCAUUCAUGAAGUUGAGGCGGCAUAUUCCAAGAUAUUGGAAAGCUCACAAGCAUUGUUACAUGUUCUCAAAAGUGAUACAGUUCAAAUUUCAAACAAGCCAUAGAGUAAAAAUUGUUUAAUUAUUAUUCUUAUAUGGAGUGAUUUUCUUCUUAAUCAAUUCAUUAAUUAUAUGCACUUUCACAAAAUUACAUGUUAUCUUCUGUACAUAUGUCUUUUUCUUCAUCUAAUAAAUACGCUUAUUUUUAAAGAGAGCAUGUAUGAGAUG